AUGCGUGAGUACUUUUGGUGGCCUGGGAUGGCAGUGGCAACAGAACGGUUCGUCAAAGAAUGCGAGACUUGUGCAAUGUUAGCUAAAAAGAAUCCACCCUUACCGCUUUGCAGUAGAGAUUUACCAGAUGCACCUUGGGAAAUCCUCCAAAUAGACUUCCUAGCACUUCCAGGUUUCGGUUCAGGAGAGUUUUUAGUUGUCGUUGACACCUACUCUAGGUAUCUGUCCGUUAUUGAAAUGCGACACACCGAUGCGGAUGCUACGAAUUCUGCACUAACCGAGGUGUUCAAAACGUGGGGAUUCCCUCGCAUUAUCCAGAGUGAUAACGGGCCACCGUUCCAGGGUUCGUCAUUUUGCCAGUUCUGGGAAAGAAAAGGAAUCAAAGUUCGUAAGUCUAUCCCCUUGAGUCCACAAUCCAAUGGCCUAGUCGAGCGCCAAAAUCAGGGCAUUAUAAAAGCGGUUGCUGGUUCCAAAAUUGAUGGUGUGAAUUGGCGUAUGGCUCUUGAAAAGUAUAUCCACAAUCAUAACACGCUUAUACAACAUUCAAGACUUAAAGUAACACCAUUCGAAUUAAUGGUAGGGUGGAAGUUCCGAGGAACUUUUCCAGCGUUGUGGACAAGUGCUACAGAAAAGGAACUGGAUAGAAUCAACGUCAAGGAAAUCGAUUCAGAGUCCAAGCUAAUCAGCAAACAUCAUGCUGACAAAUCAAGAGGUGCACAAGCGUCUGAUAUCUCAGUUGGUGACAAAAUUCGUUUGGCGUUAAAAAAGAAUAACAAAACGGAUCCAUCCUUUUCACGAGACUAUUAUCACGUAACAGCGAGGCACGGUCCAAAAGUGGUUAUCAUGAGUAAAAAUGGUAUCCAAUAUAGUCGCAACAUCAGGGAUAUAAGAAAAAUAUUUCCUGGAUCACACCCUGAAAGUGGCUCGGACACGGACGAUUCUACUGAGCACUCGGACCGAUAUUCUGAUACUUACACCAACCGCUCUAAUCUCGAAACACCUGCUGGUACAAGUGGUUGUGAAAAUCCAAUUGGAAACCGGCUUCGCAAUAGAACAGAACUGCAAAAACCUUCGAGAUACGACGACAAGUUUAUUUAUGCGGUGUUGAAUUGA